UUAGCUAUGAUGUCAUAAACAUGGAGGGUUAGGUUUAUUUUGGAUCCUCUCAACAAUAACAAGAUCCCUCGUAAGGCGUAAGAGAGUAAUGUCAGCUGAAUUUUUCUAUAGAGGUUUCUUGAUGAUUGAUUGACCACACACAAGACGUCUUGAUUUUUUUCAUACAGUUCACCAAUUAAUGAGUAGCCCUGAUAUAGUCUGACAGAAAAUAACAGUUUUUCUUCUAGGUUUGACCUUAAGAAUGCUAAGGCAAUAUAAUAUGAAGAUUUUUAAAAUCAUUUUUUCAGUAAGGCAAAGAAACUGAAGCUAACAGACUGCAUUUUGAGCCUAAGAGGCUUGGCCUCAACUGGCUACUUUUUAACAAAAGUUUCAGUAAUAUACAUUUCCCAAAAAGAAGAAGAUGAGCGAUGGCGUGGAGUCAAAAUGGUCGUGUGAAUUUUGUACAUAUGAAAACUUUCCAGCUGCCAAAAAAUGUACCAUGUGCUUCAAAUGGCGUGCUCCCCACCUAAUCUCUGACACUAUCAAUGAAGAGCAAGACAUCUACAAAAUGGCUCCUCUUGUUUCUCCACCACCCAGUGAGCUGAAUAUAUUAUGUACUACCAGCAGCUGUGGUGAGAACAGUAAGUGGGCUUGUGAAGUAUGUACCUAUUUGAACUGGAGCAAAACUACUAAAUGCGUUCAGUGCUCAAACCCCAAAAGGAAAACAUCACCACCCCUUCUACAGACUCAAUUACCUGGGAUAACCAUCAAUACUUUUGAAGGUCAUCCUGGGGGCAGCACAACUCCUACACGCAUAUCUCCAGGAUCAAUGUCAAAUAAUAUUGUAAGCAGCAAAACGUCUAAUAAUGACAACAAAUCUAGUACCCAUGUGUCUGUUACCAAUCCCACUAAAUGGAAUUGCCUUACUUGCACAUAUGAAAAUUGGCCCAGAUCACUUAAAUGUGUUAUUUGUGGCACACCAAAAGACAAAAGCACAGGGGACAUCCUGGAAGCUGUAAGUUCAACCAGAACUGAAAAUGUGCAUCGCAGAAGUCCAUCUACAUCUGUAUCGAGCCGUAGGGGACUGGGUGACCGUAUAGAACAGCACAAUUAUCAAGCUGGGGCAUCUGCUUCAUCAGUGACUAUUUCCUCUGUUAAACAACCAUCAUCUCCACCAAUGGCUAGAGAGAAAAGACUAGCAAUGCUUAGAUCAAAACUUCGUGAUUCAGAUUGGCUGUGGUUGAAUGCUUGCUUGGGGGCUGUGGAAGGGGACAUGGAAGCCAUUCAUGCCUUUAUAGCUAGUGGAGGUCAUCCAUCAAGGCAGCUGACAGUUCAGGAAGUAGAACUUCUUGAUCGACCAAGUGCCUUUCAGGCAGGAUAUACUCUGGUGCAUUUAGCAAUACGAUUUCAAAGAGAAGACAUGUUGGCCAUACUGCUAAGUGCCACAGAUGCAGCUACUAAAGCCACCAAACGUCUACCAUGUAUGGCCUGUCCAGAUUUAGCCACAGACAUAAGGAGACAAGUGGUGUCCUCAUUACGUCAGAGAAAAGGAGAAUUCCCAUGCUCUUUUCUAACUGACUGUGUGACAUUUUCAUUACCCGCUGAAAUUGAAGACUUUGAAAGAAUCAUUCAAGAACAGUUAUUUGAUGAGAUUUUGGAUCGUGAUGUUCAGAAUGAACUUGAAGUGGAAGAAGCCAUUAUUAACUGGAGUAUUGAGCUUACAGAAAGGCUAGGUAGCAGAUUAUAUGCCUUAUGGAACAGAACUGCUGGUGAUUGUCUAUUAGAUUCCGUCCUUCAAGCCACUUGGGGUGUAUUUGACCUUGACAACUCCUUGCGCCGUGCCUUGGCAGACAGUCUGCGUGAAGGAGUUAUGAAUUUCUAUCCUCGUUGGAAAGAGUAUGAAUCCAUGCAAGCUGAGUCUUUGCAUUUUACUCUGGAUGAAGGCCAAUGGCAACAUGAUUGGGCAGUUCUGUUAAGUUUGGCUAGUCAACCAGGAACUUCCCUGGAGCAAACUCACAUCUUUGCUCUAGCUCACAUACUUCGAAGGCCUAUCAUUGUAUAUGGUGUCAAAUAUGUCAAAAGUUUUAGAGGAGAAACUAUUGGAUUUGCCAAAUUUCAAGGUGUCUACCUGCCACUCCUGUGGGAUUCAUCUUUCUGCUGGAAAAAUCCUGUUGCCUUGGGCUACACACGAGGACAUUUUUCUGCAUUGGUGCCUAUGGAGAUGGACAUGGAUGAUGGUGUAGGGGCUGGAGCCAAUACCGAAUCCGCUGAUGAGGAACAAGUGGCUUACCUCCCACUUGUUGAUUGUGAGGGCAAAUUGCUGCAGAUGCACUUCCUCUCAGGCUCUGAGCAUGGCCGUGAAGAAAUGAUAUUAAAAGAAUGGCUCCACUGUCAUAAAACAAAAGGGGGACUUCUUGUAGCAACGCAGCACCUUAGCAAACGUCCUGUGGCUGUGAAACAAAUGGUUGAUGAAUGGUUGGAUCACUACCGGAGAAUGCAGUCUCAGCCUUCAGCUAUCUCAAUCAAAAGCACAUUUGGCAGUGAUGGUGAAAGUGAUGAUGAAUAAAGAGAAGAGCACUUGAUAAGCAUUAUAAGAAUUAUACUCAUCUGUUUUAGUUUUGUUUCUAUUAUUGUGAUCUUAGUUGAGAGCUGCCCAGGUCAUUUAUUCCUAGCAUUAGAAAAAGUCAGUGUUUGAAUAUGUUUUUUUAUUUUUUUAAUUACCGAACCGAAAACAAUGUUUAUAUGUCUUAUAAAUGUUGGAGAACAAGAUUUUAAUUUAUUUCUCCGUGUUCAUCAGUUUUAUUCCACUAGACUUGUGGUAUGUUGUAUAUAGAAUGUUGAUUUUAUGGGCCAUUAUAGACACUAUUGUUGUAUGCUGCACCUUAGAUGAUAGUGAUGUGGUGGAGACAUUUCCACUUCGUCUCAGGGAUUUUAAAAAUUAUUUUUUAUAAUGAUUAUCCAGAAAAAAAAAUCAUGAAUCUCUUUUUUUUUUCUUUAUAUCUAGUAACCAAAGUCUGUUUCUCAGAGACCUUUACCGAUUACUGAAUCAUGCCUUAGUUAAAAUAUCUAGUAACCAAAGUCUGUCUCUCUGAGACCUUUACUGACUACUGAAUCCUGCCUUAGUUCACAAACAUUUCUUCACAUAAUGAAACUUAUUUUUUUUUAAAUGUCUGAAUAAGAGUUGUGAAUUUUAGUAAGGGAGUGGUUUGGGGGGGGGGGGGUGAUUUUGCAAUUUCAUUUCCUGUUUGACAAUUUGCCUUUGAGAUUGAUUAUCACAACUUUAAAAAAAAUUCUAAUAUGGAAAAGAAAAAAAAAGGUUUUAGUUCUUAAAUUGUAACAAAGUUAUCAUCAACUUUGACCUAAUUUUGUAGAUUAAAACAAAGCAAGAUUUGCUUGGAAAAAAAUGUGAACUUAUUAUCUGCAAUACUUUAAAGAACUUAGCAUUAACUUUUGUAUGUUAAUAGAUGUAAUAAUCUUACAUUUUAGAAAAUACAUUUUGAUCUAUUUUUAUUCAAUUUUUUUUAAAGUUACAACAUUGGUCUUUUAAAAUGAUUUUAAAAAAUGUAAAAACACAAACCAAAAGACUUCUAAGAUGAGAUUGUGAUAUGACUGUGGCAGUAUUGUUUCUUUCUUCAGUGUUUCUAAUACUAAUAAGGUGGCAGCCACAGUUCAAUGUAUAUAUUUCUACAUGUACCUUAUUGUCUACACUUGGGCAGUUCUGUGUUGUUUAACAGAGAAACAUAUCAUUUCUACCUUAGUAAAUAUUGUUUGGUAUGACUGGGUCAGUAUAAAAUGUAUAUAUAUAUAUUCUAAAGCUUUACACAUUUGAUUUAAGUUGCCAUAUUUGUGUUGAUACUCUUCAUUUGAAUUUUAAGUGAAAGUAAGUGCAUCAACCUGUAGUACUUUGUAUUUUUCUCCAAUAUUCAAAUGAGCUGAGGAUUCUGCAUUUCUUUAAAAAAAAAAAAAGACUUAAAUGUUCAGAACCGAAAUGCUUGAAAUUGAUCAGCCUUUAAGAAUUGAUAAGAAUUCAAACUGCCAUUCAUUUAACUUUCACUAGAGAAAAUUCUAUUUAUAUUUGCUCAUAAUGUGUCUGUAUUGAUUCAGUAUUGUGGGGUAUACAUGUGUUCAUAUAUUGUUUGUUCCAGAUUCUACAAAAUAUUCACAGUUGUGCAUUUCUUAUAUGUUGUCUUAAAUAGUGAUAAAUGGGUCCUUGUAAUUAGGAUUUUAAAUGUAUAUUAAUGCCAUAGCUUUGUGAAAUGAAUAUUUCAUUGAUUAUGGAAAGGUAAUAAAUUUCUUAUGUUGCAAAACA